AACGGUGGAAAACACAACUGGCUCUGCUCUCUCUCUCUCUCUCCUCUUGUAAAGUCGAUCGUCCCGUCCACAAUCUCGGUGCCCGUUGGAUUAUUUGAAAAAACAACCGGUUUACUUGAAAUAUGGCGGCACUGAAUACAUCUCUAGGAGGCAGUGCUUUUGACAUGGCUAUGGAGGAUAGAGCAAGUGCUCAACCUGCGUAUGGACGACAGCCGAUUGGGCCAGAAGCGAAGAGGGCUGCUGUACAUGAGGAGAUGAAGAGAAUGACUAAACUUCCUGCAACCAGCAGCUAUGCUUCUCACCGCCUGCGGGUUCUCAAUAAAAUUCUGCAACUUUUGUCUCUUCAGAGAAGUGCAUCACAGGAUGUGGAGUUGGAACUGCUUUUCUCUGGGCUGUCCCUGUGAGCCAACCUUCUAGGCUUGGUCAGUUCUAGUUGAAGUUAUAUUGUAGAUGAAGAUCUUAUGCUUUGAUCUUUGCUUGCUUUAUUUUCGACAAUAUUUUCUUAUUGCCAAUUUAUAACUUGUAUAUUUCAUAGUCUAUUAGAAGAUGUUGAAUUGUCGAUAACCAAUGUUGUCUUCUUGUAGUCUAACACAUCUAGCACAUACUACAGCUUUAUGCAUAUUAUGGGGGAAAAGGAAGAAGUAAGAGACAUAUGACAUUUUCGAACUAGUAAAGUGGCCUUUUCUCUAUCA